AUAGGAAGUAAUUACCCAUAUUGAUCCGGAAGUGGACACCAAAUCUGAACGAUUCCAUCGGAGGAGUAAAGAUGGCGGACAACGGCGGCGCAGAUCCUGUUAAUAACAACAAUGAUACAACUGUUGGUUUGGAGGGAACUAUUAUCAAGGUCACAGUCAAAACCCCAAAAGACAAGGAGGAAAUCGCCAUCUCGGAAGAUGCCUCUGUCACUCAGUUUAAAGAGGAGAUCUCACGGAGAUUCAAAGCCAAGCAGGAUCAGUUGGUUCUGAUCUUUGCAGGGAAGAUACUGAAAGACGGGGACUCUCUCAACCAGCACGGCAUCAAGGAUGGCCUGACAGUCCAUCUGGUCAUAAAGACCGCACACAAGGCAGGAGAUGGCGCUAGUUCCUCUUCCUCUGUCACCACCCAGGUGGGCAGCAGUAGUGGCAACUCCUCUGGCCCCAGUUCUGCAGCCCACCCUUCUACUGUAGGGUCCACUGGAGGCCCUGCCUCGGCACCCCCACAGACUCCCAACAUACUGACCGGGUUCGGUGGCUUGUCCAGCCUGAGCAGCAUGGGCAUGGGCUCCGCUAACUUCAUGGAGCUGCAGCAGCAGAUGCAGAGCCAGCUGAUGUCUAACCCGGAGAUGCUGUCCCAGAUCAUGGAGAACCCCCUGGUGCAGAACAUGAUGUCCAACCCAGACCUGAUGAGGCAGAUGAUCGUGGCCAACCCCCAGAUGCAGCAGCUGAUGGAGCGCAACCCCGAGAUCUCCCACAUGCUCAACAACCCAGAGCUUAUGAGACAGACCAUGGAGCUGGCCAGGAACCCUGCCAUGAUGCAGGAAAUGAUGCGUAACCAGGACCGGGCGCUUAGCAACCUGGAGAGCAUCCCCGGAGGCUACAAUGCCCUGCGCAGGAUGUACACAGACAUCCAGGAGCCCAUGUUCAGCGCCGCACGAGACCAGUUUGGAAACAACCCUUUCUCAGCCCUGGGGGGCAACUCUGACGGGGGGGUGCAGCCAUCGAGGACAGAGAACCGGGAGCCCCUGCCCAACCCCUGGGGUUCAACUAACCCCUCUGAGGUUGGAGGGAGCACGGGCACCACAGGCUCAUCUGCCACUGGCAGCACCACCCCCAAUGUGUCCAACCCUCUAGGCGUCAACUCUGCCAGUCUGGGUAACGGCAUGUUCAGCAGUCCGGGCAUGCAGAGUCUGAUGCAGCAGAUCUCGGAGAACCCCCAGCUGAUGCAGAACAUGCUGUCUGCUCCCUACAUGCGCAGUAUCAUGCAGUCUCUGGCCCAGAACCCAGACAUGGCCUCCCAGGUGUUGAUGAAUAACCCUCUGUUGGCUGGAAACCCCCAGCUGCAGGAACAGUUCAGGAGCCAGCUGCCCGUCUUCCUGCAGCAGAUGCAGAACCCAGAGGCUCUUUCUGUGAUGACCAACCCCCGGGCCAUGCAGGCUCUCCUCCAGAUACAACAGGGCCUACAGACACUGCAGACAGAGGCACCGGGACUCAUGCCAAGUUUGGCACCAGGUGGACUGCCAGGAGGUCUCCCUGGAGGUCUACCAGGGGGACUAGUGGGCGGAUUACCAGGUGGAAUACCCACAACUCCCCUGUCCACGGGAGGGGGUGUGGCUCCAGAGAACCCUGCCUCUUCGCCGAGUGCUGGGGAAAACCCAGCCCAGCAACUGAUGAUGCAGCAGAUGCUCCAAAUGUUCGCAGGAGGGAAUUCCUCGAGCCAGACCCCAGAGGUGCAGUUCCAGCAGCAGCUGGAGCAGCUGGGCGCUAUGGGCUUCAUCAACCGAGAGGCCAACCUGCAGGCCCUGAUCGCUACCGGAGGAGAUGUCAACGCUGCCAUCGAGAGACUGCUGGGCUCACAGCCCUCAUAAAGACACACUCACUCAGUCACAUCGAUACAGACACAUGCAUACAUACUAUCCACCUCUGCAGCAAGAGGAAUGCACACGCAUAUACAUUGUCUACAGAGAACCAAGAGAGAAGAAAUAAACCAUCCAAAAAAGACAGACGAAACCCGGUCAGGACAUGUACCAUUCUAAACAUCCACCGCAGUCUCCUGUCAGAUCAUUCCCUAACCAUGGCUCCCCUAUCCCCUGAUUUUAGCCUCGUCCAUAGAGCUCUGCUCAGCAGGACCAGACUGACCAGACAGAAUUUCUUUACUCUACCAGAAUCACUAAUCCCUCUUUAAUAAAGCUGUGUUUAUUCCAGGGGUAGACCACCCUGCUCCUGGAGGGCUGCAGGCACUUCAUGUUUUUGAUUUAACUGACCUGGAUGACCAGGCGUGUUGAGGUUAGGCAAUCACUGAACUGAUCAAUUAGCUCAGUUGGUCAUGUGUGGUGCCUAGUUGGGAUAAAAUCCUGCAGUACCUGCGGCACUCCAGGAACAGGGUUGCCUACCCCUGGUUUAUUCAAUGGGGUGGAGGGUUCGUAGUGCGGCAGAUAGAAAUGCAUUGGCAUAGAGCCGUUUAUGAAACUUCAUAAAGCAUUCCAGGGAUUUGUUUCCUGUUUAUAUGUUGCAUUUCUAGCUGCAAUGUGUUUAACCUUCCACCCUUUUGACUAAGCCCCUGAUUGCAGGGUAAGGUAUAUGAAGACCGGGGAAGAGAAUCACAAAACAUAACUUUGUCAAUCUCACACGGAUAUCAGUUAAGCCUGCCCGAAACCCUUUCUAUUUAUUGCUAAAAUAACCCCCACACUUCCCUAAAAUAAAACAAAAAGUCAUUCCAGAUAGGAUAUCUCUAUCUCCACUCAGCUGUGAGUUCUUCCCUGAAGGUAGGAUUGCUGUGCUUUUUUUUUGUCUUCAACAAAACAUUUAACACCAACCACGCUUAUCAAAUGGAUCGAUUUGCUCAGACCCUGGCUAGUCAAAUCAAAUGAGUCUACCAUUGGUGGUCUAGAUUGACUUCACACACCGGCGUGUCACAAGAUUGAGAACUGUCAUAAUGGUUAUUAAAAAGACAGGAGUUCUGGGGAAGAAGACACAAAGACAAGACAGACAGAUUUCCUUUUCAUUUUAUUCUGAUUCAUUAUGUAUUUUAAUUUGAUGUGUAAGUAGUACAUAUAGAAUCUGUUUUGUCUCAUAAAAAAAAAAUCUUCCUGGAAAAUGUAUGAAUAAAAUAUAAUGAAAAAAAUGUUUUCCAUUUUUGGUAUGGUGUGGCAGUGAAGUUCUAGCUUUUUGCUUUUCUGAGAAUCUCAGCGUUAUGGUAACCUUGGCAAUGGCUUCUAUAGCUGUGCUUUGUCUGUUGGCCUCAGCUUAAAUCUAUCACCCAAUUCAACAUGUUGGAACUAACCUUUAACAGUACUGUACUACUAAAUAAAACAAAGUUGGUCAAUAAGAACCCUC